GUCCGUCCUCCAUGGCGUGCGCGCGCGCCCUCGCCGCGCCGCGGUCCUCCGCCCCGGCGCCGCCGCCGCCGCGCGCGUCGUCGUCGUCGACCGCGUCGUGCUCCUCCUCGCGCCUCGUCGCGCGCGCGGCGGGGGCGCGCGGUCGCCGCGACGACGACGACGCCGUCGUCGUCGAUGUUCACGGCGCGACGCGACGUCGUCGUCGCGCCGUCGUCCCGCGCGCGUCCUCCUCCUCCUCCUCCUCCUCCUCGCCCGCCGCCCCCUCCGAAGCGCACGCGGAGCCGUACUCCUUCUUCGAUCUCGCGACCGCGGAGUUCCCCGCGGACUGGCGAACCCCCACCGCGAAGGUGACGUACGCGGACUCCCCGCUCGACCUCGCGCUCAUGGCGUGGUUCAUGCGUAAGAUCGCGAUGGCCAUCGACGCGCCGUUCUCCCCCGCGGACGUCUCCUACGACGCGUUCAUCGCGCUGUGCUUCCUUCAGAUGCGAGGCCGCGACCCGGACGGGCAGCGCGACAUCACGCUGGGGAUCAUGCGAUCGCUCAUGCCCCCGGGCGGCGACAAGGUGUUCCGCAAGCUGUUCCCUACGAACAAGUUCUCUUUAGAGCUCAACGCGACCAUCUGCAAGGUCGUCUUCGCGUGGAUGGUCGGUCCGAUGACCGUCGAGAAGACGGACGAGAACGACUUGCGCGAGGAGAUGGCGUCGCGCGUGCACAUAAAGAAGUGCCGGUGGCUGCAAGAGAGCGGGUGCACGGGCAUGUGCGUGAACAUGUGCAAGACGGCGACGCAAGACUUCUUCCGCGACGACUUCGGGCUUCCGCUCACCAUCAAGCCCAACUUCGAGGACAAGAGCUGCGACUUUUACUUUGGGCUGACGCCGCCGCCGAUCGAGGAGGACGAGGCGCUGACGUUCGGGUGCAACGCGACGUGCGGGACCGCGCUGGACGUCGGGGUCGAGGGAAAGCCGUGUCACAAGCUUCGCGCGUCGUCGUGAGCGAGGAAAAAUAUGUAGGGUCCGUCCUGUCUGGUCUGUGCGCGCGAAAAUGAGAGGACGGUGCGCGUGAGCGUUACGGAAUGACCGAAAGCGUUCACGCUUUUACUGAUUUGCGCCGUAUGCGCAUUUAGUCACAGAAGUGAUCGUUGAAAAAAACAAAUCUUUUUACACGUCCGCCCCAGUCUCCGGGGGAUCUCGCUCGUUCGGGGCUCCGCGGCUCGACGCGCGCGCGCGCGCGCGCGCGCGCCGACGGCGCCCGUCGUUCACGCACGUUUUGUUCGUACAUCGUCGCGUCGUUCUCGAGGUUCUUCGCGUUCUUCCCGCGCGCGCCGCGCGUCGUUCCGGUCUCGUCGUCGUCGCGCGAAAAAUGAAGUCGUCGUUCGUUCACUUACUUGUUGCACGCGUCGCACCCGUGCGAGCACGAGCUCUUGCACGAGUCGCACGAGCACUUGGAGCAGCCGCACGCGUCGCACUUCUCCGCGCAGCCGCAGGAGCCGGCGUCGCACUUGCAGUCGGAGCCGCAGGAACAGGCCAUCGUCGCAGUCGGUGAGGGAGUCGGAGUCGGGGGGGGACCGGGUUUUCUUUUUUUUUCCUCGCGCG